AGUCAUGCCUUAUGGGAAAACAGUCAACAUAGUGAAAUUAUAAUGUUUACUUAUAUUCAUAUUCUUACAUAUUCAACAGUUAUGGAUCCCAUUUACCCGAGAGUCUGGCGCCAACCGAGAGACCCAUCUGAUGCUCUUCCUGCAUCAAGUAGCAGCUUAUAUGAAGAUCUAGAUUUGGAUGUAGUCAACCAAUUUAUUUUAUAAUUAUUUAGGUUUUUAUUACCGCAUGUUGUUAAAAUUGUUUGUAUUUUCAUAUAGCCUAUAUAUGAACAUUUUGUAUUUAUGAUAUUUUAGCAAUAAUUCCUUUAUAUUUUCAUCAUGUUGUAUUGUCUUAAGUUGUCUACGUUGUAAUCCUUUUUCUAAAUAAAAUCUUUAUAUUUAAUUUGUCUGGACGGAUUACCAUUUGUGAGAACCUGUUUUGUUUGAGUAAAAACAAUCCUAUAGCCACUAUUCUGUUGCGCCCCCUCAGUCUCAUGUGGCUCGCAACAUUAGUGUCCCUGGUAAAAUCCCGGCAGGAAAAGUGCGCUGUCCGGGAUGUGCCGUAAAACAGAGGGCGGCAGAUCUGUAUUUUGUUGGCCAGGGAGCACAGGGCGAAAACCCAGCUGUCUCAGUUUUACCAGCGUGCCUGCACGCCUUCCCCUUCGGUGUUUCCGAAGGAUCCCAAACAGAGCUGCCGCUCCUCCAACUAAUAACUCCAGGAAAGUUCCAGGUUCGAUCAAGAGCAGUGUAAUAGUGUUAGCAGUUGAAAGUCCGAUGUUUAAGAGCUCCUAAGAGGGAUAGCAGAAAACAGAGUUAAUAAACAAAAACACAAAAAGCACUGCAGAGCUUAAUCCAGAGGCUGCCGUCUUGUCCCCCGCCAUCCUUGAUACACCACAAUAUGUGGAAAGUAUUUCAUAAUUUUGAACUGAUGAUCCAGUGAGUGUGGAGUAACAUUCAGUAUUGGCUAAAAACAUUUAUUGUGAGUGAUUUUAUUGUAUUAGGCCUAUGUGUUUUUACAGGCUCCAGUGCUGUGACUCCUGUGUUUGUGCAGAAAGGAAAGGAUGUUCUUCUGAACGUCAUGACAGCUGAUGUUCCUCAGAACUUUGUUAUUCUUUCAUGGACAUUCAAUACAAAGGUUUUAGUAACAAAUUCACCUGAUAAAGAACCAACAGUCUUUCCAGUCUACACUGGAAGGAUUGAGACUGAUGUGAAAAAAUACUCUGUGAAAGUGAAGAAUCUCCAAGAGGCAGACAGUGGAGAUUAUUCUGCACGAGUGACAGGUGAAGAAGAACGAAUAGUAGCUGAAUACAACGUCACAGUUCAAGGUCCAGUGUCUCCAGUUGAACUGUCAGUGGACUCCAGUGUGUCCAGCAGCUCAGACUCCUGUAACCUCACUGUGACCUGCAGAACACAGGACUCUCACAUCAGCAGCACUUUCACAUGUGACACCCAAACCUGCAGUCAGGAGGGAGGAGAGCGAUCAGAGGUCACAACCUCUGCUGCUUCUCUACAUGUCUACCUGCUGAAUGACUCAAUCAUCUGUAACCAUAGCAACCAGGUCAGCUGGACCGAGGACAUUAAAAAGACCAAACACUUAUGUCCCCAGGCUGAUCAAGGUAAACAAGACGACAACAUUAUUGUCCCAGUGCUUGUUGCUUUUAUAGCAGUUCCCAUGGCAAUUGGUGCAGCAGUCUGUUAUCAUCAAAAGAGCAAAAAAAAAAGAAAAUACAAAAGAGAGAACAUUGAAAACACAAUAUAUGCAACUCCUCAGGUUGAAUCUACAACCCAUCCUCUGAAUCAGAUCCCAACAGAUGCUUCAGGUCUUUCUCCAACCACCACCUACAGCUCGGUAGGGCUUCACACUGGACCUGUGGGAUCACCUGAGAGAGGCAGGACUCUGCCAGAGAGCAUGUAUGCUUAUGUAGAAAGGGCCAGAUCCUGAAACAGUCAAACUUCAGUCCAAACCAUAGACUGUGGUCCAAACACACUCUCACACAUACAUGCAUGUUAGUGCACACUGUACUAGCAAGGCACACCUAGCUUGUAGCCUUGGUUUCCUGUUCUUGGCUGACAGGAGUGGCACCCUGUGUGGUCUUCUGCUGCAGAAACCCAUCUGCUUCAAGGUUCGACGUGUUGUGCGUUCAGAGUUGGCAUUCUGCAUACCUUGGUU